CCAAAAUAGAGCGGACAGUGAUUUUAGCAAAGGUGUGAUGAAAAGGAUCAGUGGCCUUAUAAGGAUGAAUUAUUGUAGUGCAAAUAUCACCAGCAAGCUUGAGCUGCAGAGAAGAGGUCUUGGUACAGUGCAGAGAGAGGGGCAUCUUGUUUCUAGAUGGACCGCGAGCAGCACUCCAUCCAGCUAGAAAAGCAGCAUGUCCACGACGUUUACGAUCGGAUCGCACCGCACUUCAGCGACACGCGCUACAAGGCCUGGCCACAGGUCAAACAGUUCCUCAUGAAGCAGGAGCCAGGGAGCCUCAUCGCAGAUGUCGGCUGUGGAAACGGGAAGUAUCUGGACAUCAACCCCUUCACAUGGAAACUGGGCUCUGACCACUGCAACAGUCUGGCCAGCAUCGCAGGCAGUAGGGGUCACGAGGUCAUGGUCUGCGACAACCUGCGGCUCCCCUAUCGUGACAACUGUUUCGACGCCGCGAUCUCCAUCGCCGUGGUCCACCAUUUCGCCACGGUGGAGAGGAGGGUCGCCGCGAUACGGGAGUUGGCGCGAGUGGUGCGGCCUGGGGGACAGGUUAUGAUCUACGUGUGGGCGCUGGAGCAAACCCACAGAAAGUUUGAAGCUCAAGAUGUCCUGGUCCCCUGGCACAUGCAGGCACACUACCUCCAAAGCACAGCACACAAUACCCCUAAGAAGCAGAAGAAGGUCAAAGACAAGUCCAAGAGAAACAAUCACCACGUUCAAGACCAUCAAGACUCCUCAAGAAUGUCCAUCUUGAGCCAAAGACCAAGCAGCAAUCAACACAGUCACUCCGUCCACAAGAAUCACUCACAAAGUGCAUUACAGCAAAGUUCCAAGUGCCAAGAGCCGUCCAAAAGAAGGGGGAGCUUCUCUAUCUUAGGUCUGAACCUUCCCUUUGCCGAGCGGAAUGGGUAUCACUGGAAUUCCGAGACCAGUUUGUUCCGUAGCCUGUGGAACAACAGCAUGGAACAGCUCUCCCAGGGGGAGGAUAGCUACGAAAAGAGAACAGCCACUUCGGUGGAAGGCUUUGACCACCAGAAUGUAACAAACAACAAAACGAACGGGAUCACAGAAGCGUAUCUCAAAGCGGACCGGCGAACUCGAUCGUUGGACAUCGAGAACACAGAGGACAGCGACGGCGUAGAAGUCUCCAUACCUAACGGCGAAACGAGAGAGCUACAAAACAAAUACGGCUCCGCAGACCGAGCGAGGAAACCGUUAGAACAGAUCCGACAGGAACAAGAGCAUGUCCGCGGGCGAUCCCACUCGCUUGGCGGGGAAGACAUCAGCGAAAAGUACUACCGUAAUCACCACAAGCCCGAGGCAGCGCCCGCGGAACCAGAGGAUCUAUCGCAGUACCACAGGUACUAUCACGUGUUCAGGGAGGGCGAACUGGCAGGGCUGAUAGAGGAACAUGUGGAAAAUCUACAUAUUCUGCAGGACUUCUACGAUCAUGCUAACUGGUGUGUCAUUGCAGAAAAGGUCCAGGUUUGGACGAUCUGAUAUAAAAAUGGUAGUCAAGGUCAUAUGAAAGAAUUGUAUAAUUAUAGUACUUUAACACUUGUGCAAUGCUGCUGAAUGAAUCAUAAGAUCUACUUACUAGAAUAUUACUUCUAAUACUUCUCUGUUCUUCCCUCAAAUCUUAAUUAUGAUUUGUCAAAUUUUAUUUACUGAUGUUGAAAUUUGUUAAGAAGCCUAGACUAGUACACUUUCCUGUUGUUUUACAAAACAAAGUAUUUUAAAGUAUAUUGAAGAUAUGUUGCAAGAAUUGGCUGUGUCUUGUGUGUAUGGAAGAUUCUGAGUGAUUUGUGAAUUUAUACUGUUGAUCAGUGACAGUGAUUAAGAAAUGUUGUCGCAGUCUACUCAAUUUGAUCUUAGACUUACUAGUCUAAUAUCUGUUUAAAAAGUUGUCAAGUUUUAAUGGCCAAAUGUUUUACUAAUAUGUUAAGAUGGUUAUAUCCUUACAAUGUAACAAUUGUUUUUAACUUCUACAUGGAUUCUUGAGCCAUAUGUAUGUGGAUAGAAUAAAUAUUCAUACAAAAUGUACUUGCAACAUUUGGAAAACUAUUUUAGAAUUUUUUUUGUUUUCUGUACGCUCAGCAAGUACAUAGUUUUGGUAACAUUACUUACAAAAAUGUACUAGUAUCACAUUGUGGAUAUUAGAAAUUGGUAUCAAAUGGAAUUCUGGUAGUAAUGUGUCACCUGUGAAAUUACAUCUGAGUAUCUAGGUAGCUUUAUAAAACACAGUAAACCUAAAAUGGAUUGAAACUUGUCUACUGUGAUCCGAUUAGAAAAAUAUUUAGGAGAAAAUUGUGUAAAAAUAGCCAUAACAAGAAUUCGGAGAUCUCAUAUACCUCCAUGAAAUAUAUGAGUUUUUCUAAAUGUUUUUACA